CUUCUUAGGGCAAAGUUUUUACCUUUUCUUUUGGCAGAAUUUGACGAAAUGGGGAGGAGCGUUGCUCGAGUUAUCACAAUUUCAGAGCGUUGCAGAGUCAAAGACCAUGAUUAAUGAUGCGAUUUCGAAGUUGGAGGAAGCUUUGCUUAUUAAUCCCUUGAAGCAUGAUGCUUUGUGGUGCUUAGGAAAUGCUCAUACAUCGUAUGCAUUCCUGACGCCUGAUUUCGAUGAGGCCAAGCCUUAUUUCGAUAAAGCGUCGGAGUGUUUUCAAAAGGCGGUCGACGAGGAUCCGAGUAAUGAGCUCUAUCUAAAGUCUUUGGAAGUCACUGUUAAG